AUGGAAACCGACUGUGAGUUAGAUCCUUCUCGGAUCUUGGAUAAGGAGGAUGAUCGGAACAUCAAGGAGUCAGAAAAAGAGAAAUCUAAGCUUUUAGAAACUGAUGGUGGGAAAAAUAUGGAGAAAUCUGUGAGUAUGACUUCUAACCCUAAAACUUUGAUUAGAAAAUCUUUUCCUAAAUCCCUCAAAGAAGUUUUAUCUGGGGUUUCUGAGAAGGAAAAUAUGGGUUUAAAAAUUUCUACUUCUUCUUUCAUGGGGUUACCUGUGAUCAUGGUUUCUGAUGAAGAUAUUUUAAAACUAGCGGAGCCUUUUAAAUUUGCACUUGUGGGUAAAUUUGCUUUUAAGAGGCCGGCUAUGGAAGAUAUUCACAGUUUUUUUCAGAGUCUAAAACUUUCGGGUUCUUUCACUGUGAGCCUUUUAGAUCCUCGCCAUGUUUUCAUAAAUCUUUCUAAUGAUACUGACCAUACGAGAAUUUUCUUGAGGAGAUCUUACUAUGUUAGAAAUUUUCAAAUGAGACUUCUGAAAUGGUCUCCGGAUUUUGACAUAAACUCUGAAUCUCCUAUCUGUCCGGCCUGGAUUUCUUUACCUAAUCUUCGUAUACAUUUUUAUAAUCAUACUGUUCUGCAAGCGAUUGGGUCUAUUUUUGGUAGACCUUUACAAGUGGAUCAGGCUACAGCUAAUAGAUCUCGCCCUUCUGUGGCUAGAAUUUUGGUUGAAAUGGAUAUCACGAAAGAAUGUCCUAAGGAAAUAUGGCUUGGAUCAGAAAUUAAUGGUUAUACUCAAAAAGUUGAAAUAGAAAUCUUUCCUAUUUUUUGUUCCCACUGUAAGUUGCAUGGCCAUGAUACUAGUAAUUGUUUUAUCCUUAAUCCUUCUCUGAAAAAUAAGACUCAGAAUAAUGGUAAUCGAGAAAAUGGUGGAGAGGAAAAAGGGGUGCAUCCGGUUAUGCAGGAUUUACCUACACAAGGUAAAAUUCAGGAAACUAAAACUAUGAAAGUAGUUUGGAAGGCUAUUUCUAAGGAACAUAGGGAAGUUUUAAAGGAAGAUGUUAUAGAAAAUAAGCAAUGGGAUAUUGUUCUCUAUAAAGAAAUGCCAAAAACUGCUAUUUCCAAUAAUUUUUCUAUCUUGGAACAUACUACUAACACUGAUAGUGAUUAUCAGGAAUAUACUGAUGUUAUGUUUGAUUUAAAUAACUCGACUAAAGUUUCUUAUGAGUCUUUGCAGAUAAAGGAGAGUUGUGGAACCAAAGGGAAAUCGAUGGCCACAUCGGAAAAUGUUUCUGUCCUGGAGGGAAGGGAAUUAGAGGAGGGCGAGCUGCUUCUUGAACUUGAAAUUGAAGAAUUAUCUCUCAAUAAUUCCUUGGCUUAUGUGGAUCCCGCAUUCAGUGAGUAUGUGGAAAAGGGUUCUCUUGUGUAUGCUGCCUGCAAUAGAUGUGAUAGAAGAACUCUUUGGAACUCUUUAACCAAUUUUGCUUCUUCAGUUAAUGUUACGUGGUUUGUGGGAGGGGAUUUUAACAUUAUCCUGAAUGCGAAUGAAAGACAUGGUGGGGCUGCCCCUAACACAAACUCUAUGGAUGAGUUUGCUAAUAUGAUUAACGAUUGUGCUUUAGUGGAUAUAGGUUUUACUGGGUCCAAUUACACUUGGAAUAAUAACCGGCUGUGGCAAAGGCUGGAUAGAAUUCUUUUUAAUCAACAUUGGAUUUCUAAUUGGCCUUUAACUGUGGUUGAGCAUUUGUUCAGGGAAAAAGGUGAUGUUUCGGUUGUUUAUGAUAGGAUCUGGAGCAAUAAUAUUCCUACUUCUUAUUCGGUUCUUGUUUGGAGAAUUCUUAGAAAAUACAUUCCUGUUGAUAGUAUUCUUUGGAGAAAGGGUUUUAAUCUUCCUUCUAAAUGGCAUUGUUGUUUUCAUAUUGAAAGUCUUAAUCAUGUUUUCAUCAAUGGGGCUAUUGCUGCUAAAGUUUGGAAUUGGGAGAUUAAAGGUAUGCUUUCUCAUAUGGAUUAUGUGAUUUCUCAUAUUGGGAGAGAAGGAAAUGCUUGUGCUGAUUUCUUAGCUCGGUUGGGGGAUGGUUUAGCUAUUUUAACCUGCAUUGAUAAUUCUAAUAUUCCUGUUAUACUCAGAGGCUGUGAACAGGAAUAG